AGAGAGAGAGAAGAAUUAGAAAGGCGUUCGUUCCUUUAUUUUUCUUUCUUCUUACAUCUCCUCAUUACUGAAUUAUACUCAUAAAUGCAUUCAAAAAGUAAGGUUUCACUGGCCCUUUAACUUUUUCUGUACUUCAAGAGGCUCUGAAAUUGAAGUGGUUGAAGCAGCAUAAAGAUCUUCUUUGAAGCUUUUUUCGCCUGUGAAAGCCGUUUUCCGGAAAGAAGAAGAAGAAUAGCCGCCACGGAUAUAGCUCGAAUAUCUUAGUAUUGUCAUAAUGAACACGCCACCAGCUAAAAUGGACAAGAGCCGAAACGUGAGGCGUGGAACGAGAAAGCCACAACAACAUUCUUCAGCCAACCUCAUGUUUGGUUUUAGUGGUGGCGAGGUGGACUUUGAGAAAGCCAAGAAAGAGAAAAUACGAAAACUGAGCAGCGUUAAUGGCAUCCAACACUCCAAAACCGAAACAAGUAAUUUUUGUUGCCGUUAUUUGUCUUCUGAUAACAGAGAAAAUCAAUGCCCUUCACGUUCACAACUCUCUUCUCCUCUCAUAAGUGAAUCUACCACCAAGAGAUUUAAGAUUCCCAGAAAGAUUUCUGAUAACAGUAAUGUCGUUGAUCAUGCUUCUGUACCACGGAAGCUACGGUCAUCCAUGAAAAAGCGCGGUGACGAAGCUGUAUCCCCCCAUUCACCAUAUUCAAACAAACAGAACGGUUCGCUUAAUGAAGCCGAAUCACAUAGAAAAGAUGGUCCAAAGAAACCCAAGCUGAAUCUGAAACAAGGACAGCCAUAUAGAUCUAAGAAGGCUAUUGUUUCAGCGCCAAUCACAAAAGAUGAAGAAGAGGUUGCGGAGACCCUAUAUGCUUUGGCAGGAAUGUUCCCUGAUGAUGACUCGAUGGAAGUAAGAUCUUUGGUUUCGCCGGAGAUGGAGGAGAGUCCUGUUGCAUUACUAGAAGUUAAAAAGGAUGAUCCGAGCUCAGUUCAAGCUGCUACGGUUGUUCCUUCAUCCACCAUGGAUGAGUCGUCCAACGAAGCUGAUAAACUUGAUCCUUUGAAUGAACCUUAUACUCGAGAACAACCAGGCUUGCCAGCGAGCAAAAAGCUACAUUUCAAACAUAAUAGUACUAUUUCCGAAAUGAGGACCGAUACUGGCAUACUUUUCUUUAAGAGUAAACCAGAUGCUGAGAAGUCUUGUAUUCACGGCGAUCGGGGUGUUCUUUCUGAAUCAAGCUUAAUAGCUGGAUUGAAGCAGCCCAAGCAAAAGGUGACCAAUCUUUUUCAGAGAAAGACAGAAAUGGAAUUUGGGGUCAUGGAUGUCGAGAGCCGAGGACAUAUGAUUAGGGAGCUUGGAAAAAAUGGUCUUGCAUUGUGGCCAAGCUUGCCUUCUAUAGUGCCCCUUGCACCUCGGAGCCCUAGUUCUUCACGAUCAGUUGCUAAUACAAUUCCAAAAUGGUUGGAUGCUGCAAAUUAUGGCCCCCAGACAUGUUCACUGGAAACUGGUUCUUCAUCUGAAAAGGUUUUGAAAAUCACCGGGGAUAGGAAUGCAAUGAAAAGGUCCGCCACUCAUGUUUACAUCAGUCGUCUCAUUCAUAGUUUACAGAUGCAAGGCAACAAAGAUGGCAUUCUUCAACAGCCUCCUUGGUUGAAACCCAAUGUAGGAUCAAAGCAAACAUCUCUUUGGUAUCCUAACAAUUGCAGUAAUAUAAGAAAUGCUAUAACUGGUAACGUACCUGGCAGCACUUCUGGCAAUACUGCUACUGAUAGAAAUUCUUAUGAAGCUAGAAGUGGUAUUAUUCCCUCGCAAAAAAUGCUCCAACUGGAACAGCCACGGACUGUUUCAGCUUCUGGGAUGAACACUUCGAAAGGGCAGAGUUUCGAUAUCUUGUCUUUGUCGGCUGGGGGAGUUGGUAUAGACGCUAACAGUAACUCUAGUGAAGUUUGUAAUGCAAUGGGAUCAACAUCACAACUCCAAGUUCCUCACCUUCAUUUGAAUCCACAACACCAGUCCCUCAUGCCUUUCUCAAUAUCCCCAACUGAUUAUACCUCCUCUGCUUGCAUGGACCACCUUUCAACAGCUACAGAAACACCGCAGGUCUACUUACAGCUACCUCAAUAUCACGGUAACCCUUUCUGUGACCCUCCUUACACAAGUCAUUCAGUUGUUAAAAAACAACAACAGCAGCGACUUUGGGCAGCUCACCUAGCAGCUCAAUACCAGCCUCAUGGAACUUCCACAGUCCUGACCCAAUUUUCAAGCCGGCAAAAUGGAAAGCCUGAGUUACCUACAUCGAUGCCUAGUGCUCAAACAGCCGUCCCUUCCCAUACGACACUAGAAGCAUUAGGUCCCAAGUAUUAUUCAGUUUCACAAUAUCAUCAGCCAAAAAUUGCAUAUACUUCGUCAUUGCCCCCUACCAGAGUGAAAAGGACAGACCACCAUUUUUCAUCUGUUUAUGAUGAAAGCAAUGGUGGAUUCUCGGCUGACAGGCCACUGCCGUUGCAGUUACUCCGAAAUUAGUAACUUAGUGCCUCUGAAGUUUUAAGUAUACGGUUCCUUCCGCAUAUGAUGCAGAGAUGGGCAUUGUUUUGUUCUUUCAACUGCAAGGGAGAGACUACCAACCAUCCUCGAGGUUUAUUUAAUUGGCCAUUGUGGAUUCAGGCAUGAAACAUAAUGAA